UUUACAUCUCUGUCAUUGUUCACUGAAACACAGGAUUCACUUUUGUUUGCAUGGGGGAGGAAGGAGGGGGGAGGAGGGGGUGUUCCUCCUUGUCUCCUCCUCCUCACCCUCUUUAUUGAAGAAAAAAAACUUGUCCAGCCCCCUUUCCCAUUCCCAUGGAUCGUGUUUCGGGAGACUCCUGGCUCAGACAUCUGCUGCUAACAACAGAGCGACCCCCCCUCCUCCUCCUGGUGCCCUCUACCCCACACUGGAGCUCUCUCCUCUAACUCGGUGAUCAUGACCAGCCUCGGUGCAUGUGCCCUCCACGUUCCCCGGCUCUGAACGCGCUCCUGCUCCAUCCCUCCAGCGUCCCCCGGUGCCACCGAGAGAGCAGCACAUUUCUUUUUGUGUGUCCGCUCCUCGGGCAGCAGGCUGCGGGCUCAGGCUGCUCAUCCUCCCCGCUGACCUCGACUCUUUUUACCCAGAGAGGACGAGGAAGGACAAAGAUCUCCAUGUCUGGUGUUUGAACCGCUCCGGUGACCGGAUUUCUCCUUUGAUUUUUCUUUCUGCGCGCUUCUGUGUUUGUUUGUGACACCAUGGAGUCCGUGGAGAAGGAGUGUGGAGCGCUGGGUGGAUUAUUCCAGGCCAUCGUCAACGACAUGAAGAGCUCGUACCCUGUAUGGGAAGACUUCAGUGCCAAGGCCACGAAGCUGCACUCUCAGCUCAGGACCACUAUUCUGGCAGCUGUGGCCUUCUUAGAUGCCUUUCAGAAGGUGGCAGACAUGGCGACCAACUCCAGAGGUGCCACCAGAGACGUCGGCUCAGCUCUGACCAGGAUGUGUAUGAGACACCGCAGCAUUGAGGCGAAACUACGCCACUUCACCAAUGCUCUUAUGGAGGGUCUGGUGACACCGCUGCAGGACAGAAUAGAGGAGUGGAAGAAGACGGCGAACCAGCUAGACAAAGACCACGCCAAAGAAUACAAGCGGUCCCGUCAGGAAAUCAAGAGGAAGUCUUUAGACACCAUAAAGCUGCAGAAGAAGGCCAGAAAAGGCCGGGGGAACUUGCGCCCCCAGCUGGACAGCGCCAUGCAGGACGUGACCGACCUUUACCUGCUGAUGGAGGAAACCGAGAAGCAGGCGGUGCGAAGAGCCCUCCUGGAAGAGAGGGGGCGCUACUGUACAUUCAUCAACCUGCUGCAGCCUGUGGUGAAUGUGGAGAUCGCCAUGCUGGGAGAGAUCACUCACCUACAGGCCAUCGUUGAUGACCUCACUGUUCUGACUGAAGACCCGCACAAGCUGCCACCAGCCAGCGAGCAGGUGAUUCGAGACCUGAAAGGCUCUGACUUCAGCUGGUCCUAUCAGACCCCCCCUUCCUCCCCCAGCAGCACCGGAUCCAGGAAGAGCAGCAUGUGCAGUCUCCUUCAGAUGCCCUCAGCAGGAGCUCAUCGGCUCAGCAGCGUCUCCUCCCACGACUCAGGCUUUGUCUCCCAGGACGCCAACACCCACUCCAAGCCUCCGUCGCCCAUGCCCUCUGACAUCACCAGCCAGAAAUCAACCAGCUCUGCCUCCUCGGAGGCUUCAGAAACCUGCCAGUCUGUCAGCGAGUGCAACUCUCCUACAGCGUUUGGCUCAUGCUCAUCCUUCGGUACCUUUCGCCCUGCUUUCUCUCACACUGGCACCAUCAGGCCUCUCUCUGUCAUACUUCCUGCGUCCCCCACAUUUAACCACUCCCCUGGAUCCAACACCCCCUCACCCACAUCAAAGGUUCCUAGCUGGAAGGACUCGGCCAAAAUGACUCCCUGUGAGCCGUCAUUGGCCAGCACUCUGCAUCGUAGGAGGGAGUCUAUGGAAAAGAUGAGAGAACUUGAAGCUCCGCCCAGUCCACUGGGGUAUUCUGGGAUGCAACCAGAUGAUCCACAGCGGGCGAGAAUGGGCCCAGGAACCAUUGCAGCCAAGCACGGCGAGCCGCUCUCUCCAGCAGCCAGCACUCUAGCCAUGGUUCUGACCAGAGGGUUGAGUAUGGAGCAGCAGAAGAGCAGCAGAGACUCUCUGCAGUACUCCAGUGGAUACAGCACCCAGACCAACACCCCGUCCUGCUCUGAGGACACCAUCCCCUCCCAGGGUUCUGAUUAUGAGUGCUACUCUCUGAAUGGGGACGCUGACAGUGAAGGACAGGCAGACUUUGACAAGUCCUCUACCAUCCCCCGGCACAGUAACAUCGCUCAGAGCUACCGCCGCAUGAUCCAAACCAAGAGGCCGGCCAGCACAGCAGGUCUGCCUGCGGGAAAGACCCUGCAGGGAACUCCCAACGGCUCAGGGGGGAGCAGCCCUGGAACCAUUACCUCUGGGACAGCUACCAUCCGCAGAACACCAUCCUCCAAAACCGGAGUGAGACGCACACCCUCUACAUCUGGGCCCAUUCCAAUCCGGCCCCCUAUUGUGCCAGUUAAAACCCCCACAGUGCCAGAUUCUCCGGGGUAUGGCAGCCCGUCUCAGCAGCGUGCAGGCAGUGAGGAGUUUCUCUACGGUGACGACCCAGCGGCUGGUGACUACAUGAAAGUGUCUCCAAAGCGGAUGAGCCUCCCUGACAACACCUGGGGAGCAGACAGGACUGGUUACCCCCAGCAGGUCCAAGGCAUGGUUGCCCACAGUGUUGAGGAGGACCCUCUGCUGGCUGCAAACCGCCACAGCCUGGUGGAAAAGAUAGGAGAGCUGGUGGCGAGCGCCCACGCCCUGGGUGAGGGUCAUUUCCCCUUUAGCAGCUCUCUGCCGGGGGAUUCGGCUCCGUAUACGCCCCCGGAGCUGUCCUCUGAGACUCAGGAGGACAGGGAUAUGUUGGUGUCGAUACGCCGCGGGGUGAAGCUCCGUAAGACAGUGACUGACGACAGGUCGGCUCCCAGGAUCCAGCGGUAGCUGACGGAGAGGAAGCAGCUGCUGUGCUCUUAUUUCAGACUGAAGCUUUGUAGUGAAUUGCAGCAGCACUCAUGUGAGCGGAGAACUGAGGUACAACGAACAAACCAUGGAUGAAAGUUCAGAGUGAUGAGUGGCCAUGGACUCUGUCGUCUUUUCAUGUUAUGUAUGUAUUAUGUAUGUGCAAAGUAAUCAACUUUUUUGGUUCUUAUUCUUCUCUUUUGUUUAGUUUUUGUCUUUGUCAGUACGUUUACACACAGGCAGAAAAAGUCGAGUUAUGUGUUAGUCUGACUAAACUCUAAAAAUCCAUGUCAACAUUUAAGUCUGACUGAAACUGAAGCAGGUCAGACUAGCAUACCGGACUGAUGCAAUUCGAGUUCCUCUUGUAUUAUCCUACAAGACUGGAUUAGGGUUCUGACCAUGCUCCACAGCUUCUGAGCAUGCUGCACAGCCUCUAAGCAUGCUCCACAGCCUGUGAGCAUCUGAGCACGUUCCGCAGCCUCUGAGCAUGCUCCACAGCCUCUAAGAAUGCUCUGCAGUCUCCGAGCAUGCUCCACAGUCUCUGACCAUGCUCUACAGCCUCUGAGCAUGCUCUGCAGCCUCUGAGCAUUCUCUGAGCAUGCUCUACAGUCUCUGAGCAUGCUCCACAGCCUUCAAAGUGGUCUACUCUUUAUAUUAUUGUAAAAAAUCUAUUUAAAAAUUAGUUAAAUUAAAAGUAAAAUGUAGUUAUUGAGUAAGAUUUUUCCUUAAAUGUAAAAAAAAAAAAAAAAACCCUCCCUAAAAUGUAAACUUGAACACGAUGCCACCAGGUUUAGUCGGGGUUUUCAGGCUCUGACGCUGUGAUUUUGGGGCUCACAGGCUGAAAAGUUUGGGGACCCCUGGAUUAGAAAACAGUGGUUGCAGGGCAAUUUAACGCUAUUGCGUUGCAUUUUGUGCUUUAAAAAUAAAUAAAUAAAUAAAUAAACGCAUGAUUUAUGCCAUGUUUUUCAUUUUAAAUGAAGAUGUAGUGUGAAAGAAGAGCUCAGUGACUUUGGGCUCACUGAGCUUGGGUGGCAUGCUCAUGUGUGGGAAACUCUGGCAAGGUCAACUGGAGCCAAGUGUAACAGUAACACUCUGAACAAGCUUAGGCUUACUGCCAUUAAGGAAAGGAGAGUUGAUCAUACCUUAACGGAUAAAUCAAUUCUCCCACUGUACCUGUACACCAGGACAAGGACAGUCGUAGGAAUGCAUGCGAUGUAUGCAUGCAUGUGGACUAAUUCAUAGCAUUUUAUCACUUCAAGCCCAUAGCUAAAUGCUGCAGCUGUGCUCGAUGGCUGCUACCAUAAUGUUCUCUAAUCCGAAUCAAAGAAAGUAGACUAACAGCAAUAGGAACAGUGCAGUUUUGCACUAUUUUGAUCUAAAAUUGGGGAUCAAGUUAUGAGUUGCUGUGUCAGGUUAUACUCUGGUGUAGCUGGUGUAGAGAUAAACUUUAGCUUCAUCCUGCAGACCAACUUCACAUUAUUUAUUAACUGGUGCUGUUAUCAUGUCUUAAAGAAGUAGCGCUAAUUUUGACUGUUUUGUUUUUAAUGUUUCUGAUUUUUUUGCAUUUAAUUCAUCUUUGAACAUCACCAUAAAUAAUCCAGUGAAACAUCCAAACAGAGCUCGACUCUACCCUGCAUGUAAACGUACUGACCACCUCUGCUCCCACCGUGACCGGUCGUUUCGGCCCAGUUUGUCCCGUUAGCCCCGCUGUUGUCACUGCUGUAGGGAUCGGAUGCUCGUUGUCUUUGUUAUGCUCUUAUGAUUAUUCUAUUAUUGUGUGUUUCUGGUUAACACAGCCUCCUGUCAGUGCAAAGCGAUGGGUGUGGUGCUCUGUGAGCCUGUCUGUAUGUUGUUUUCAUCAUUACUGUCUAAGUACCGUGUUACUGUUUGGUUCCAUACGCUGGACAGCAGCUGUGUAAGUCCUGUAAAAUAGGAGCAAUAUGGCAGUGUUUUUAUUGCUGUACUGUACUGUCAAUAUAUUCUGCAAUUAAAGAGGCUUUUUACUCUUCA